AUGGAUUCCAUCAAAAGCAGCACUACCAGUGUGUCCGCCGUCAAUGGCUAUGCCGUCGUUUCAUACCGCACCUUUUCUGCUACUUCAUCUGUCGACGCUCCGAACGCCAAGGCUGCUGAGCUGGAUGGCUUAAGCUGCGUCGAGGCUCGCCUUCGCGAGGCAAAGCGCCUGGUCUAUGUCGAUAGACUCAAGCAGCUUCUGUGGCUUUUCGAGCCUGGCAGCAAUCCUCCAGCCCUGGAUCAUGGCUCUCUGCAGAGUCAACAGCUGAACGGCCUCCAGUUGGCUGCUCAAUCCGAGGGUGAUUUGAAGGCUGCUGAACUGGCAAGGUUCACCGGCCGCCUCCCAGCUUCUCAGUCGGGGCUGCAGCACGGCUCUGCUGCCACUAAUGCUCGUGCAAUCCAAGCUGCCAACGUCCGCGCCUUUCAGGCAAACCAGCAAUCAGCCAACAGCGCCGAUGCCUCUCGCCAGCAUGACGCCCUUUCCGUCUACGAAUCUUUCAUGUCCGCUGUCAUUGGUUCUAUUUCCUAUAACUUGUCUCGCUUUCAUCAUAUGAUACCCCUGAACUAUCGUACUUUUGUUUCCUAUUCCAGAGCCACGAACCUAGCCGACAGAGAUGACGACGACGACGACGAUACAAACAUCCUUGGAGGACUCAGCUGUCUCCUUACCACCUUGGACGCCCAUUUGUCGACCGCCGGAACAUUGGUAAUUUCUACUUCCGUCUCAACUACCAACAGUGUCUACCAGCUUGAGAAAAUUCUCUCGUUGUACGAUGUGCACGACGAUUUUCUGGGAGAGCUUGUCCGGAUUUCUCCUUGCGGCAUCAUAGCCAGAUACGUUGGCCACGAAACAUCUGCAGUCGGUAGCGAGCGCCAUGGCUCAGGCCCAACAAGACGGUCGAGAGCAACCCAGCAGUGGAAAGCAGACACUUUAAGAUGGCUCCGUAUGAAAGGUCUUGUCCUUCCAGACAUGAACGAGGAAGGGAAAUGGGUGCGAAUUCAGCUUCAGCCUAGUGCACAGGCAACAAAAGACUUGAACGAUCCCUCUGCAUCUCUUUGCCGCGAGUGUCUUUGGCCUGCCGCUCUGUGCUUUUUGUACAGCGCCGGACGGAGUGAGGGGGACCUGGAAUCUCUCGAAGCCCUCCAUCCGACUGGCCAUCAGGAUGACCAGGAUUCUGGUGUGAUGUGGUGGCAGGGACCUGGGAAGAGCGGGUUUACGGACCCCUUGUGGCAAGCAUGGAAUUGGUUCCUAGGUGGGCCUGCUGAAGCUGACAAUAACGAUGAUCUUUUUGAGGAUAUGGACGAAGAGAUGUUUGGAGCAAAUGAUGUCACGGAAGCGGACUUCAAUUUUUUUGACGAUGGAGACGGCGGAUUCGGAGAUCUCAUGGACGUAUCCCAACCAGCAACAUUCGAAGAGCAGAAGCAGAACAGUAGUCCUGCAAACACCAGGUUCGAAGGCGUAUCGCCGAUGAUCCAAGUAGCAGAUGCGGAGCAGACCGAAGUUGAACCUUCGACACUCAAAUCAGAGAUUGCUACCUCACCUGCUGCUCCACCUGAGAUCGACGUCCACAUGACUGAGAUUGAAGAACAUCCCAAAGCCGAAGACACACCCCCUGAGCAAGAACCCGAGCUAAAUGCAGCGAAACAUGAGGUUGCAGAGGAACCUGUGAUCGUUCGGGAACCUAGCCCUCCACUUAGUCCAGCACGGAUUAACCAGAAGCUGUUUGGAUCGCCACACGUUGGCGAGUCAGAAACAGAUGUCAAAGAUUUCGCAAAGGCGAAAGCGGAUGGAGGAGCAAUGUUUGACACGGUUGGUUUCAGCCAGAAGAUGCAACUUGCAGAUUCCAAGUAUGCUGCUGGUGGCCAGUUCUUCUUUUCUGGAAAGGACCGGGAUCCGAGCACACGUUCACAAUCCGGUCAACUCUCGCGCCCGACCUCUUCCGCACAUUCUGCCACUCUGGAGAGAGCUUCUGAUCUCAUACGAAGUAUUGUUGUACCGAAACACACUGGCGACGACUCGUACAUGAAAGAUGGUCUCUCCGACGACAGCGACAGUUAUAGCGACAUAUCUGUCAGCACAGGCUCGUACGAUGAAGAGACCGGCUCCACGAUGCUUGGACAGGAAUCAGGCUUACUGGUCCCGAGCCACAGAAAACUGGGUUCUUCGACCGUUGGGACUCCGGGUGUUGGUACACCUGGAACGCUGCAACUUGAUCCAGGCAGUCAAGAUAUGCUCUUGGGCGACGCGGACGGCUUUGUACCUGAGCUACCGCCACUUUCCUCCCUCGAGCCGACUCCUUCGGACUGGUCUCUGGGCAGUCUACCGCCACCAAUUGUCAAGGUCAGACGGCGGUAUGGGGGUGAUCCCAGGUCACGAAGGGGAUCAUUCUCACUCGCUUCAGCUGCUUCAACACCUUCUUCAGAUGGCCGUUCGGAGGCUGUUGUGGAGCCACACCCGCUCAAUCUCAAGGAGGUCAUCAACAUCACCCAAAUGCUGGCAGAUCAGAUUAUUCACAGCUCGCUGGAUUUGAUCCCAGAAGAUGAGGAACCGAAUCAAGUCUGCACACGAACUCAGACUGGUGGCCUCCGCAAGCUUUUCCCGAUCCAAACGGUCCAAAAUGCUGUCAGAGAUCUCUUCCAGCAAAUCAGCGAGUGCGACAUGCUAAAUGACCAGCUGAGCGAGCCAAUCACAAGCUUUCUCGAUAACAUAAGUAUGGCCUACGAGAGCAGCAAGUUCGGUACGCACGUCCGCGGUCCCGAUAUCGAACAUAUAUCCAACGGUGGUCUGGUGCCUGCCUCGAUCAGUGUUCACGAGAGCGAUAACUGGAAGCCAACCACUCAAAGCUGCCUCCAGUCUAUCCGCGACACUUGCUCUUCCCUGGGGAGGCAUUUGUCGAGAGUAGACUUCAAGAAGGUUACUAAGCCUGAAGACUCUUCUCAACCAGACGCCAUCGUUGUCUACCUUGUCAAUCCCUUCUCUGACCCGCACAAUCUCUGGCAGCUCUGCUCCGCUUUUUGGGCUUUGUUCCAAGCGUACCUUCCCUCGUCCUCUAGAGCAUUGGAUGCAACGAGGCCCGAGUUGGUCCUUCAGCUGGUCCCUGUCAAAUGCAUAGCUUCUUUUGAGGCCCCCGUAGUCCUUGAACCGAGUCUUCUGGCGAGACUCGCCCGUGAGGUCUAUGAUAGGUGUCCUCCGAAAGAGCCUAGCGCUGACCAUACUGCGCUCAGCAUCUACUCAGCACCUUCUAUUCAACUUGAGGAAACUUUGCCAAAGUCUAUUCCAUUCAGAGUGACGGCCGAGCCUCCAUCGGACCUGCUUCACGAAAAUUCCUACAUACAUGUGGGCUACGCUGUCAGCGUGGACGGCUCUUGGCUCACAGCGGCUUGGACAGACAAUCCCGGAAAGCACCAAGCUACAGCCUCGUACUGUCUGAAUAACCGCUCUUUUGUUGAAGUCGCACGGGAGAUCCACCAGACUUCGUUGGAGAUUAUGUCUGCUCGACGGGUGACCUGGAGGCUCUGCAUUGCAAGGGCCGGGGUGAUGGAGCGCGAAGAGCAAGAUGCAUGGCAGGCACUCGUGACAAGCCCAUGUCCGCUUGUGAUCGGAACAGCAUUGAUCUCCGUGGACCCAAACCCGCCAUUCUGUAUAACAUCCAGCUUACCUACUCUCACAUCCACAAUGAACCAGAACUCGGGCAACACGGGCGUAUCGACACCAGGAAACACGCCACAGCCCGGCGUCUCCCCAGACGCCCACGGCUUCACACCCGCCGCAACCCCUUCCGACGGCAACACCAGCGCUCCAGCAGUCGACCCGUCCAGCGACCCGGACGCCCGCCUCGUCGACGUCACGGACGAGUCGUGGGGCGUCAUCCUCCAGCACCGCCUGCACAACUCCAACUCGACCACCGAAUUCCGCCCCUCCCUCGCCAGCGGCUACCUCGUCAAACGCGGCGCCGACGGCAACAGCAGCAACACCACCGAGGGCACCACCACCACCACCACCACCACCACCGGCGGCAUCGGCAUCGGCAGGUCAUCAGACCACCCGGACUCCCCGCGCGGCCCCAUCGCCGUCGGCGUCAACCUCCUCUGGAUCGGCAGCACGCCCGGCGGCCACCAACCCCAACGCGCCGCCGCCGCCGCCCAGGCCGCCGCUGCUGCGGCCGCUGCCGCUGCAGCAGCUGCCCAACAGCAACAGCAACACCACCAUCACCACCACUCCGCCGUCGCCACCCCCACCCCGCACAACCCAAACAUCAGCAUCCCCCUCCAGCACCUCGAAGCCGCCGCCGCCGCAGCCGGCGCCAACAACAAUUCCGCCAACGGCAACAGCAACGGCAAUGGCGGAUCUGCCCUCAGCACCGGCAGUGCCGCCGCGAGCGCCGGGCCGAGCGCCGUCAGCAGCGCGCUGCCGUCGCCUGGUGGUGCUGGUGCGGGGCAAGGAGGUGGAGGGGGAGGGGUUGGUGGGACCGGUGUGGGAGGUAGUCCUUUUGCGGCGAAUCAGGCGCGCACGACGUAUGAUACGGUGUUGAGGGAGUUUUUGAUCACGUAUAGGGGGUUGGGGUUGUUGGCGCGGCUGAAGGGGAUGAGGGGCACCAGGGGCGGCGCGGUGCCGUGGCAUAUUGCGGCGGCGGUGAGGGGGGUGAAGGCUUUUGAGAGGUGUUUGUGA